AUGAUUCACCCGUCCAAGAAACGAGACAUGUCGCUCAGCCAGACAUACGUGCUCGCCCACACGGCCAGGGCAAAGCUCUCCCGUGAAGCUGCCAGAGCAGACCACGAACUCCGGCUGCUCGUCGGGCACGCCAACAUGCUCGACAACCUCAUGGUCGAGCUGGCCGAGGCAGAGAAGGAGAGAGAGGCCUGGUUCAACCACAACAUCAGGUCGAGAGCUUCCUCGGCCGCCUCGACAACGCCAAUUGCUCCGGCUCCCGUCUCUGCCGGAUCCAAACGCAUACAAUGGCUCGAUACCGUCGUCAGCCACCGCGAGACCCUCUCAGACGACGACGACGACGACGAUGAUAACGAGGAGUGGGAUGUCUCCAGUGAUAGUGACAGUGAUGAUUCUUCAGACUACGAGACGGACGGUGACUUCUUCGUCAACGUCACUGCGAAGCAUACGUCCUAUCCUGCUCCUCCCGCCGCGGCAGCUACAGAGCUAUAUCCGAUAAAAUAUACAUCUGCUACCACCACCACUGCCACCAGCCACGUAUACGCACAGGCAGACUUUGAUCUCGACCUCGCGGCAGAGUACGAUGAGGGCGAUUACGACGACUACGAUGAUGGUGAUGAGCUAGCUCUCACUCGUACCUCGUCGAGACAACACCAGCCUCCAGAGCUACUACAUGACUCUGACGAGGAGUCUGAAGACGACAUGCUCCCCCUCUCCCCUCCACAGCCGACAUUCGAUACCUUCUCCGCCUCACGCGAGUCCGAGGAGGAGACACUAGUCACCGCCAGCGCCUCGAAGGAGAGCACAGGCAAGGGGAUAGAUGCAGACACACCGACGCCCAGACUGUCGGAGGCAGAACAGUCAUCCUUCGUCGAGGAAGGGUUCUUCCUCCCUCCACGAAACCCGGCACGAACACAGGCGAUGAUAGCUGCCUACUAG